UCCCACCGCCUCUGUCUCCCUCUCUCCACGAACUGCCCAGGAGUGAGCAGCUGCUCUGGACGGCCCAACAGACGGACACACGGACUGCUGGACACUCAAGCCUGCCAACCAGCCAGCCUGCACCCAGCGCUUCCCCUCCUCAGGCACGUCCAUCAUGUGGCCCCUCUGGCUCCUCACGUCCCUGCUGGCCCUGAGCCAGGCCCUGCCCUUCGAGCAAAAGGGUUUCUGGGACUUCACCCUGGACGACGGGGUGCCCAUGCUGAACGAUGAGGAGGCUUCGGGUGCCGACACCUCGGGCGUCCCGGACCUGGAUUCCUUCCCGCCCACCUUCAGCGCCAUGUGUCCCUUCGGCUGCCACUGCCACCUGCGGGUGGUUCAGUGCUCGGACCUAGGUCUGAAAACUGUGCCCAAGGAGAUCUCGCCUGACACCACACUGCUGGACCUCCAGAACAACGACAUCACUGAGCUCCGGAAGGACGACUUCAAAGGCCUGCAGCACCUCUACGCUCUCGUCCUGGUGAACAACAAAAUCUCUAAGAUACACGAGAAGGCCUUCAGCCCCCUGCGGAAGCUGCAGAAGCUCUACAUCUCCAAGAACCACCUGGUGGAGAUCCCUCCCAACCUGCCCAGCUCCCUGGUGGAGCUCCGCAUCCAUGACAACCGAAUCCGCAAGGUUCCCAAGGGCGUGUUCAGCGGGCUGCGCAACAUGAACUGCAUCGAGAUGGGCGGGAACCCCCUGGAAAACAGUGGCUUUGAACCUGGAGCCUUCGAUGGCCUGAAGCUCAACUACCUGCGCAUCUCUGAGGCCAAGCUCACCGGCAUCCCCAAAGACCUCCCCGAGACCCUGAACGAACUCCACCUGGACCACAACAAAAUCCAGGCUAUUGAGCUAGAGGAUCUGCUCCGCUACUCCAAGCUGUACAGGCUGGGCCUGGGCCACAACCAGAUCCGCAUGAUCGAGAACGGAAGCCUGAGCUUUCUGCCCACCCUGAGGGAGCUGCACUUGGACAAUAACAAGCUGUCCAAGGUGCCUGCUGGCCUUCCGGAUCUCAAGCUACUCCAGGUGGUCUACCUGCACACCAACAACAUCACCAAGGUGGGCGUCAACGACUUCUGCCCCAUGGGCUUUGGGGUCAAGCGGGCCUACUACAACGGCAUCAGCCUCUUCAACAACCCUGUGCCCUACUGGGAGGUGCAGCCAGCCACCUUCCGCUGCGUCACCGACCGGCUGGCCAUCCAGUUUGGCAACUACAAGAAGUAGAGGCCGCAGCAGCCUUGCGGUGGCCUGGGCCGGGUCUCUGGGGAGCACAGCGAAUGUCCUGAAGGGGGAGGCAGAGCGAGGGAGCCAAGCCAGUGCCCAGCUGCACCCAACCCAGCCCCACCCUGAUCCCCAACCCUCCCCCCCCCCCCCGCCACUCGCUGCCCCCUGACACCUUCGCCCUGCUUCCCAAGCAUGCAGGUGGGGCACGAGGCCCAGACCCCAUCACAAGUCCCCUUGGCUUCAGAGCUGCCCCUCCCCCCAUCAUAGCCAUUCAGAGGGGCUCCCACCAAAUUUUCUUCCAUUUCACCCUGAAACCAAAUUGUCUGAAGCUCCAACCCAGGGAAACAAGUCCCUGGGUCUGGGGGAGGGGAGGGGAUGAGCAGGGAUGGAGAUAGCAGACUCCUCUGAGUCCACCGCACCUGCCUGGGGCACAUUCCUCCUUCACAUGAACUUGCAGCUUCCAGCCCCCAUUGGCCUGGUCUGCCAUCCUUGGCCUCAAAUGGGCCCCGACCUUUAUGCAAGUUCAUGGCCCAUCCAUCGGAGCCUCCUUGCUCUACUGACUCUUAGACCAGUCCCCCCCGCCCCACCCCCUCUCUCUCUGUCCUCUCUUACAUUCUUGGGCUAGAUCUGGUCUCUGUCACAAUAGGCCUCUACCCAGUUCCCACCCAGGCAAGCCGGUGGGUGGGGUGCAGCUGCCCCCCACACCAGUCUGCCCUGCCCAGGUCUCUCCCCUAAGCCUGGGCCUGCAGGCGGCAGAUGGAGGUGCUGCCCCGCCCAUGCUCUAGUCACAAGGGGAAGCACUGGGCUCAGUCAGACCCUGGAAGUCAGGCCCCCAGGAGGGGCCCAGCAUCCCACUGGAGUCCCAAGCACGCUUUUCAUUGUCCCCCUUCCCCCAUGAUGGCUAGGUCUCCCCACCCCCCCUACCCCCGACCCCCGCCUCGCUCCCGGCCCUUGGUGUGGGGUUUCAAGCUUGAGGAAGGGCUGCUUCUGAGGUCGGAUGCUGUCUUUCAAUUAAAGAAACACUGUGCAA